AUGAAUGUAUCACUCCUCGCCUCUCCUCAAUUUUAUUCAAAAACUCUGUAUGUCAUAGGAUUCCUUUCCUUGCCUAUUCAUAUACUCGGCGGGUACUGUAUUCUAUUCCAGACACCUGAAUCUAUGAAAUCUGUCAAAUCGAAUCUGUUGAACAUGUAUUUUUGGACUACACUUCUUGACGUGUAUCUCAAUUUGUUGACUCAACCAUUUCUGUGCCCUCCACCCAUUGACGGAUUCGCAAUGGGUCUCUUGAGUCGUGUUGGAAUCAACUUGCCGCUUCAUAUUUAUUCUGGAAUCACGAUUGUGGCCCUAGUCGCAGUAUCUGUUGUCUCCAUUUUCGAGAACCGUUUUUACUUGCUCUGGGCGAAAGGAACAUGGUGGAAAUUUGUCAGAUAUCUCAUUCUGAUUGGAGAUUAUAUUAUUGCUGUCUUGUUUUUUGUUCCAAGUAUUUUAGGAAUUCCAGAGCAAGAAACAGCAAGAAAGGAACUUUUUGAAAUGUAUCCUCACAUCCAAGCCUUCGACAGUCCCGAAAACCGAAUAUUCAUUGUGGAUCUUCGCAAAGACAACGUAUACAUGAUCAGAACUGCCUGCACCAUAACAUAUAUUGUUGGACAGGGAGCUAUUUUUGUUAUCUUGUUACAGUACAAUAUAAUCCGUGCAAUCAAGGGAAUGACGAUAUCUAAAAGUACUGCAAACAUGCAGAGAGCGUUUUUGAGGGCACUGUAUCUGCAGGUUGCUAUCCCAUUCUUCAUUAUGGUUGUCCCUCAAAUCAUCAUCGUGUUUUUUGGAAUUUUUAUAGAAAUUCAACAAGAAACUAUGAAUGUUUCGUGGAUUGUUACAUCAACACACGGUGCUCUUGCAACUGCAACAAUGCUAUACGUACAGAAACCUUAUCGAAAAUUCUUGAAAUCGAAAUUAUCUUGUUCACAGAGAGUUGAGCAAUUUGUGAGCGCGACUACCGGUGUAAAGUCUGUUCUGUAA